CCCUUGCGUCUCUCUUUCAUGGCGGACCCAGCGCUGCCUCCGGAACUGGAGCGCGACAUCUUCGAACUGGCCGCGGUGACGGACAAGAGCAUGAUAUCCACGCUGACACUCGUGUCACGGCGCGUCAACGCCUGGAUUGGUCCGCUGCGGAACCGCGUGCGGCUGAUCGAAGACGUGGAUGUGCUGGAUGCGCUGUGGGUGCGGAUGGAGCAGCGGCCGGAGACUGCGGCGGCGACGCGGUUCCUCGCGACGACGACGACGCCGCCCGACAGCGUGCCGCGCCUCGCCCGGACGUUCCCGAACCUCGUCGACCUCGGGCUGUGGGGCGCGCCGGUCUCGCCCGAGGACCUGCAGGCGCUGCACGCGCUGACUCAUCUACGCCGCCUGUCGCUCAAUCCGUGCAAUGUGCUCCCGAAGGACGCGGGGGCCCCGCCGGCGCUGGCGUUCGCGCCGUUCGCGCGGCUGACGCACCUCGAGAUCUUCGCGGACGUCGAGGCGUGGAUGGUGCCGGGCCUGGCCGCGGCGUUCCCCGCGCUCACGCACCUGUCCUUCUUCGACCUGCGCUUCCCGGUCCUCAUGAAGGCCGUGCUGCACGCGCAGAAGACGCUCAGGGUGUUCGUGUACGUCUAUAUCGAGGACCCGAACGACGUUGAUCCGCGGGACCCGGCGGAGGUCGCGCGCCUGCUGGGCGUCGAUGAUCCGCGGCUGGCCGUCGUGCCGCUCGUCGACUUUACGCUCGAUUGGGAGGUGGGUGCGUGGGGCGGGUGGGACUACUGGGCGAGGGCGGAGGACGACAUUUCUCGCAGAGUCCCGAAGAAGGAUGCGGCUGUGCCUCCUCAAUAG